UUUUCUUUAGGGAGAAAAUUGUACUUCAUCCCCCACCCUGGACAUUAAUUCAAGUCUUGCAGUGCUUCAGGAAGCACUGGUUUGCUGUUUUUAGCUUCAAAUUCUCCCGAGAAUCCAACGCCCUUGUCGAAGAUCUUCUGAGAGAACUAAAGGUUUCUGAAUGGUAUAUAUGUGAGAAGAAACAGGCUUUAAAAUUCCUGAAAUUGGCCAUUUCACUCAGUGUCCACAUUCAACGGGUCCAUGGCUCAGCAGCAGGAUCUGUUCAGAGACUGAGACAGCUACACGAACAGUGCCAGUUGUUCAGUGCAGAAGAGAAAUGUUUAAACACACAGUUAGAAGAAACGAGUUCAGAAGUCCAACAGAAACGAGUUGUAGACAUGUUCCAGUAUGUGUGGGAAGUUAUUAAUCACCUUAGCGGGAUGUUACUCGACAGUCUUGGUUUUUCACAUAACCUACAGUAUGCUCGUCCUCAGUCCCUUCCUAACCCACAAGAAGCUGUGGAAUUUCUUCCCAAGUUCUUCCCAAAACUUAAACUUCUGAAGAAACAUAUGCAGAGUGUUGUCCAGACAAGUUCUUCAUCUGACUCAGCGUGUAAAGAAUCAAUGUCUCAACUUUUCCACAUCUUAAUGAACUUUGUUGCUCAGUUAGAAGUCCAGUUAGAUUCUCCUCCUCCCAACUCCCCCACUUUAGAAAUGCUUGAACUGUAUUGUAGGAAUUCCAGUAAUAGGGAAUGUCUCACAAAUGGGUAUCAUCAGCUCCUACAGUUUUAUGCUAUGAUUCACCAGUGUAUCAUGAACAUAGAAGGAACACCAGGCUCAGGAUGCUUGAUAAAAACAUCUUAGUAAUCGUACACAACCCUCUGGAGAUGUUGUAUAUAAGAAGUGUAAAUAAAACUGAAGAUGUUUUACUUAAAAAGGUGCACGUUUUAAGUGGGACAUCUUCAAGAACAAGCAGUUAUAAUUUUGUUUUGUAUUCAUGAUUUCUUUGACUUUAAAGGAGAAAGAAUAUUUUUAUAAGCACAUUUGGCAUGUAUCAUGUUACUGUAUAGUACUUAGUUAUAGGCUGUGAUAAGUUAUCCCCGAUUAUUAACAGAAUUAAUAUCUUUUUGUAACUUUAAGAAUAUUAAAUUCAGUUGUAGUUCUGAAAAAGGUAUUUCAUGUUAUUAAUAUUUAUUUCUCAAAGUUGUUUGUACUUUGAUGAAAAAAAACUAUUGGGUUUCUAGAUAAGUUCCAUGUUUGUUUUUAGAACAGAUACAAUGUUUCAAAUACACAGGUUUUAAUGGUUUCAUUACUUGAGAAUGAUCGAAACAUCGUACUUGUUCUUAGAAAAUAAUCUUCAUUACCGUAAAAGCUCUAGCUUGUAAUAAAAUAAUAAUAAAUAAGUAAACUCAAAACGAAACUGUCGUAAAAUAUUGAAGCUCAAAAAUACCUGUAAAUUGUCUUGUUGGAAUAUUAAUGUCAUGACACUGAAUGUCUAUUUUUGUAGUGUACACAGACUUGAGAAAAAAACUGGUCUUGUUAGAAUCUUAACUAACAUAACAGAUGUGUGUGUGCAUAUAAAGAAAUUAGUGUCUUGCUGUUGGAAAGUUUUCUUAUUUCUUUAAACAAAACAUGAUAGAAAGUGUGGUUAAAUAGUUGUAAGGUUUGUUGUUAAAAACUACUAAUUAAUUUCAUUGUUAUUAAAACUAAACUUACACCAUAGCGAAAAUUUUAUUUGGGGUUUAAAUAUUUUACAAUCACAAAAAAUGGACAGACAUAUUUUGAAAUGUGGUUUCUCUAUAGGAAGUAACUCCUUAACGUUGGUUGUUUGGGGCUUAAUGAUGCAAAACAAUGUGAAUAAAUGCACCAAAAUUAUUUUUAUAUUUCAAAAUAUGGGAACAUCAGAAGAAUUGCAAACAAAGGGCUUGCACUUGUAACUUUUUGAUGAUGCUUUAAAUUAAUUCUUAUUCUAGGAAGGGAAUGUGACAUCCUGUUGAUUAUAACAAACAUAAAUUGAUUUCUUGUAGAAAUGGAAUGUAACAUCCUGUUGAUUAUAACAAAUCUAAAUUAUGUGAUGCCAUGGAAUAUUUAUUGCCCUCAAUACAUGUUCCAUGUGUGUGUGUAUAUAUAUUUAUAAAAAGAAUAAAAUUGUCCCAUAAUGAUAUUCCUGCUACUUGCUUAUAAAUAAUUAAUCAAGUUUUGUGUUUAAAUGGGUUUUACAAAGUACUAGUUCAAUUUAUGUAAAGAUUUUAAAUUGUUGCAUCAACAAAAUUGGACCAUUUUGCAGAAGCACAAUCAACAUAAUUAUUGUCACUUUAAUUACUGCUGUUACCCUUAUCUUUUGUCAACUUCUUUACCAAUUAAUCAUAACUGAAGAAAAGCAUCAUGGGAUUUUUUGUACUGGUGGCCAAACAUUUCACUACUUACUGAUGUUGCAUCGUGUGAAAAUAAAGCCCACUUUAAAA